AUGGACAUGAUAGCUUUGGCUGAUUGGUCAAGAACACUGUCAUUCUUUGACGCAAAUGGUCUUCAGGUUCAAAAUGAUCGAAACCUUACAUUUGAUCCACUCUUUAUGUCUCAGUUUGAAAACACUCCCGAUAACUCCUUUAUUCUUGUUGGCGGCUCUAACAAGAAGGUGAUGCUGUUUACCUUGGAGGGAUCUUAUCUUGAUACAAUUUCAACGCAAAACAGUUGGGUUUGGGCUUGCAAGACACAUCAAAACAAAAUGGCUAUCGGUUGUCAGGAUGGCAGUUUGUCAGUUCAAGAACUUUCACUGAUGACUGUCCAUUCUCUAUACAAAGAUCGUUACGCCUGUCGUGAUACAAAUUGUACCGAUAUACUUAUUCAGCAUUUGCUUACGGGAGAAAAAGUUCGCAUCAAAUGUCGCGAUUUGGUUAAGAAAAUUGCCGUUUACGAAAAAACUUUGGCCAUUCAAUUGCCUGAAAGGGUUAUUCUGUACGAGUUAAGUGAUGACUCUGGUACCACUGAUAUGAACUACAAAGUGAAAGAGAAGAUCAGCAUUAAGAUUGAAUGUUCCCUUUUGGUGCUGUGUUCGUCAAACUUGAUCCUCUGUCAAGAGAAGCGACUGCAGUCAUUGUCCUUUUCAGGACAGCUAGAAAAAGAGUGGCUAUUUGAAUCACCCAUUCGGUACAUAAAGACAAUCGGCGGAGUGCCACGACAUGAAAGCCUUUUGGUUGGUCUAAAGAAUGGACAAAUUCAGAGUAUCUUUCUUCACAACAUGUUUCAAAUCGACGUUAUAAGGCUCUCUCAUUCUAUUCGGUGUAUUGAUCUAAACUCGAAGCACCAGAAAAUUGCCGUAAUUGAUGAAAAGAAUAAGUGCUUCAUCUAUGACUUGUCAACUAAGCAGCAACUGUUUGAGGAGUCUAACGUCACCAGCAUUGCUUGGAAUGCUAAUUUUGAGGACUUGCUUUGCAUCGCCGGUCCUGGUUUUAUUGGCGUAAAGGCCGAACAUUUGCCCAUUCAAAUAGUCAACAACCAGGCGUUUAAAAUUGCUCAUGAUUUUCCAAAUCUAAAGUCUGACGUCUACUUGCCAUAUGCUUUGUGGCUGGCGGAGAAUGAGCGAUUUAUUGAAGCACAACAAGGUUAG